GUUUACAAACGCCGAUACUAUCGAUGCUACAUCGAUUGUUUUUGUAGCUCUCAAAAAAAUUUACCAUUUCAUCUUGUUUCUUUUCGUUUUUCCGUGUCCCCUCUGGAAACCAAUGUGCAUCCAGGCUGGACAGCUAGGAAUCGGGAAUCGACAAUGAGCGCGCGCAGGUCGAGGAGCGGUCCUACCCUGAAUUUCAAGGCGGUGCUGCUGGGCGAAGGUUGUGUGGGCAAGACGUCGCUUGUGCUGCGCUACAUGGAAGAUCGAUUCAACGCCCAGCAUUUGAGCACUCUACAGGCUUCCUUUGUGUCCCGCAAGGUGUCCCUUGAGGACGGGCGGAGGGCCCAGCUGAACAUCUGGGAUACGGCUGGCCAGGAGCGGUUCCACGCCCUGGGACCCAUCUACUAUCGAGGAUCCGACGGCGCCCUGCUCGUCUACGACAUAACCGAUCAGGACUCGUUCCAGAAGGUCAAGUCCUGGGUGCGGGAACUCCGGCAGAUGCGAGGAACGGAGAUUGCUCUGAUAAUCGUGGGCAACAAGACUGAUCUGGAGGAGCAGAGGGCGGUGGCGCACGAAGAGGCACUUCAGUACGCGCGCACAGUGGGCGCCCAGUAUGUGGAAACCUCGGCCAAAGAGAACGAGGGCGUGGCUGAGCUCUUCGAGCUGCUCACUUACCUGAUGCAACUCAGACAGCGGGAGUCGGAUGCGAGUCCGCUGCGCCUUCAGAAUCCGGAUACAGAUGCCCUCAGCAACGUCGAGGAGUCGGAGGCCACGGAUCCCGGCGAUCCUGCGGGUCAGCGAUCUUGCUGCGGCAUUUAGUGUCCCCAUUGUGAUAGUAAUCAUAAUUAUGUACUAGUACCCCUGUAGCUGAUGUUCAUCUUGUGUAUAUAUUAUAACUUUACUUGUAGCCCGUGUUUCUGUUAUCAAAUAACUCUAAAACCAAACUAAUCCGCGUACUAUGUUGAUCCUCAUUAUUGUUUUCCAAAUUGCUUUAGUGUUUGCCAUUUCGACAUUCGAUUUUCUCCGCUCUUUGUGUGCGCCAAGCAAUAAAUUAUUUUGUACUUGCA